GGGGAUCCCCAACCUGCGUGAGAAGUCGCCUUGGAAACACAGGAAAGCGUGCAGGCGGCAGGGAGAGGCGGGCCGCCGCGCAGGUUGGUUCAGGCACGCGCGAGGGCAGCCCCCCGAAGGCCAUCCCAGAGGCCCCCGCGCCACCGGGGUCCUAGCAGGCAGCACCGCCUUCCGCCGCACGUGGCUGCGACGCGAUGCCCAAAUCCAAGCGCGACAAGAAAGUUUCCCUAACCAAAACUGCCAAGAAGGGCUUGGAACUGAAACAGAACUUGAUAGAAGAGCUGCGGAAAUGUGUGGACACGUACAAGUUCCUCUUCAUCUUCUCCGUGGCCAACAUGAGGAACAGCAAGCUCAAGGACAUCCGCAACGCCUGGAAGCACAGCCGGAUGUUUUUUGGCAAAAACAAAGUGAUGAUGGUGGCCUUGGGUCGGAGCCCAUGUGACGAGUACAGAGACAACCUGCAUCAGGUUAGCAAGAAGUUGAGGGGUGAAGUGGGUCUCCUUUUCACCAACCGCACGAAGGAGGAAGUGAACGAGUGGUUCACGAAAUACGGGGAGAUGGACUACGCCCGAGCAGGGAACAAAGCAACGUUCACCGUGAACCUGGACCCGGGGCCCCUGGAGCAGUUCCCCCACUCCAUGGAGCCUCAGCUGAGGCAGCUGGGCCUGCCCACUACCCUCAAGAAAGGUGUAGUGACCCUGCUGUCAGACUACGAGGUGUGCAAGGAGGGCGACGUGCUAACCCCAGAGCAGGCCCGCAUCCUGAAGCUCUUCGGGUAUGAAAUGGCCGAAUUCAGGGUGACCAUCAGGUACAUGUGGGAUGCACAGUCCGGGAGGUUCCAAGAGAUGGGCGACGACUUGCCAGAGAGUGCGCCCGAGUCGGAGGAUGAGUCAGAGGAAGACAACGACGACGACAGCUGAUGGGCGCCUGGGACCGCCCCGCCCGUCCCAGGUCUCAGCCUGACGGGACCAUGUGGGACUGCCGCUGUCCUCUCAAGGGAGCAGCGUUUGUUCUGGGGAUGAAGACGCAGGAGGGUGACAGGGACAGGCUUUCUUGAUAAAUAAUAAAAGCUUGUUGGCAGGGUGUCUCCCUGUAGACAGCAAGAGGGACUUGCUUGGGAAGAAAGCCUCCGGACUUGUUUGGACUCCCAGGAUUUUGUUCACUUCAAGCCAGUUUCCAGCACUGCCUCCUGUGUGACCAGGCUUCUCUGGCCCUCGGUGCCCCUGGCUUGACACUGGGAUUUGCGGAGGAAAGCAGGUGCCUGGCCACCGCCCCUCUUCCUGCCCCUUCUCCCACCCCCUCCCUCCCAGACCAGGGCCGAGGAGGAUCUUGGCAAUGACCAGAAUAAAGCCACUGCUGAAACCCAGCAGACAGAAAUGUC